AUGGCUUCCGGUGGUCAUCCUGAGGGAGCGGCGCUGGUCACCAGACAUGACCAGCUGGCUGGCAGUCUGGCUAGGCUGCAGAGACUGGCUGCGAGCAGGCAGGCCGCGCUAAUGGAGAGUGUGUGCAGGGCCGCGCGGCAGGUGGCGUUGGAGCAGCUGAUCGACUGGCACUGCUUCCUGAGAGACGCCAAGCAGAUGCAUGCUCUGUGUGCGGCGCAGGAGGCAGCACUCGGUUAG